UUGAGCCUGAGAUGUCCUAGCCUGGCAAUGCAGAGACAGACACCUUCCCUAAAUAUGAUUCACUGUGAGGAGCUCAAAAUGAAGAAGAAAGAUGCAGAGGAUUGCAUGGAGCUGUGCCCCCAUCAGUGUGUUGAGAUGGAAAGGUGUGAAAGUAAAGAGCUGGAUGUUGAAAUAAGGAACCUGAUAGGGAAGAGCAACGCUUUGGAGUCGUGUGAGGACCCCAAACCUCUUGCCCAAGAGAGGCUGAGCCCUCAGAGAACUUCGUGUUCCCUUAAGAGCCGCAGUGAAGGAAGCACUCCAGGCCAGCUUGGAUGCACCUGGGCAGGUGGGAGUCACAUGGAAGCUCCAGCAGAACCAUUGCAGUCAAGGCACACGUUACUGAGCAAAAAGAAGCCUUUAUCAUCCAAUUCUCCAGAGCAACAGAUCCUCACACUGGAAAGACAGAGACGAGAGCUUUUGGAGGUGAACAAGCAAUGGGAUCAUCAAUUUAGAAGUAUGAAACAGCUUUAUGAAAAGCAGCUGGCAGAGAUGAAGGCAAGGCUGGACGUGUCGGAGAGGAGAGUAAGCGAGCUGGAGCAGGAGAGGCACUGGCAGCAUCCGGAGGAGGAGAGGUGGCAAGUGCUGGGCAGGGAGAGGCUGCUGCAGGAAAAGAAAGAUACAGAGGUCCUUAGUGAAGCUCUCCAUGAAAUGAAGGAAGAGAACAGGCUCCUGAGGCAGAAGAAUGCCUCAAUGACCAGGAGGAAGGAAUUCUAUGAGAGUGAAAUAAGUCGUCUCAACAAGGCCCUGCUGGAUACGUUGAAAAAGCAGCACCCACCUGUUGUUGGGACUCCUCCAGGGAAGGGUGACAGGAACAGCAUCGAGGAGAUGAGAACCCAACUUGAAGUUCUUAAACAGCAGGUCCAAAUAUAUGAGGAGGACUUCAGGAAGGAGAGAUCUGACCGAGAGAGGCUUAAUGAGGAGAAAGAAGCACUGCAGAAAAUUAAUGAGAGAUUGCAAUCUCAACUGAGUAAACUCAGCUCUCAGGCAAAAGACUUCCCCGUGCAGCCUGAGAGGCCCAGUUACCCAGCCCCACUGUUCCUGUCCCCGUGUGUCAGUUAUGGGGGCUGUGGGAUGGUUCUUCACUGUCCAGAUCCUCGGGCACACCCAGUGUCUCGCAGGGCCCAGCAGCAGCAGCAGGGCUUGCCAGACUAUCAGUGGUGUGUUCCUGACCAGCUUCCGCCAGAUGUGCAGCACAAGGCAAAUGAUUCCUCCCUGGAGAAGGGAGCCCAUCGCUGA